UUUGUGAGAUUGAUGGUGCUUCAGAAAACCAGGAACCUGCGGCAAGAAAUACCUUACAAUCGACCAGAUCGCUGUCCAUCAACAUUCCUAAGGCAAUUGCAAAUUCACAAAAGAAAAGUUCGGCACAGUUUCAAGCAUUUACUGAAGAACAUUCAGCAUUACCCAGUGCUUCCUCUCCACGAUCUCUUGCCCUUCCAGGUGGCACAGAGAUCACCACAAGAUGUGGCCGAGUAACCUUUGCAGAAGGUAAAACCCAGGAGUCCCCUGCAGUCGAUCCCAACUUGAAGUUUCAAGAUGAAGCUGAGGCUUAUCAUAGGGUCACCUCCCGUGCACACUUCACUCCACACCCAGGCACCUCACAGAUACCGGGACAUCACUCAGCCAAUUCGAUGGCAUCUUGCACCUUCACUGGUUCCUUUCCGGCCAAUGAGGUGAAUGGAGAGAAGGAAAAAGCUGGGGACCAACCCAUCAGGUUGGCACAAGGUCAUGCUACAGAGAUGCUAAAACUGCUGGGUGGACAAUCCUCAGUAGCCCCAACAGUGCCAGUCUCUCAUUCCAAUCGAACAGGGGAGCCACAUAUCAGAAGGCAUCCUACACCUCUGAAAUCUGGUUGUGAUGACAGAAAGAGAAACAUUACUGCCCCUGAAGGCUGUGAGACAUUUCAAUCCAUGUCCACUGACUUACUACCUAAUGAGUGUGGUGCAGUUGGUGCAAAAAUCUCAAAUCCAAACCUCAUGGAUAAUUUUCUAGAUCUAGUUGACAGAUAUUGGAAUGGAUUUAAGUCUCUUCAUUGUAAUGAAAAUUUUCUGAAACAAGCAAGAAGAAUGAUGUGUGACAUUCAACAGCAAGUGGCACUCGAAAACCAGCCAAAAGAAACCAAGAAACUUCAGGAGGGAAUAAACGAUUUAAAAGCGAAGAAUGAGACUUUGGAAAACUGCCUUUGUCAGCAGAAACAACAGUAUACAGAAGAAUUCCAAAAGCUAUCUGUGCAACUGUCACAAGCUCAAAGAGACAUGGAAAUGCUGAAGGAUUGUUUAGGUCAGACUUUGGAUGAGAAAAAUCAUUUGCAGAACCACCUGAUAAAACUUGAACAAAAAGCACUUAACACAUCCAGUUCCAAAAACCAGCAAGUUGAAGAGCUGCAGAACCACAACCAGAAGUUGCAAUGUGAGAUCGAUAAUUUGAAGCACAAAGCCCAGUGUUACACCAAAGUCCAGGACCUGGUUGACAAGCUCCAGGAAAGCCACAGGGUGCUGGUAUGCACAAAUGAGCACUUGUUGAGGGAGCUGAAUGAAACGCGAGCAAGACACAAAGCAGAAGUCGACCAGUUGCAUUGGAGCUACAUUCAACUGAAAAAAACCAUGGAGCCAUCUCCCCGCAGUAUGACUGCUUCAGCAUCUGGCUGCAUGCCAUUGGGCAGAGAGAUUAAAAGCCACAUGGAGUUAGAAUAUCAAAAACGCUGAAGGAAAUUUCCCAGAAAAACCGAAAAGAAUCAAUGACAAAAACCCUGUGUGAUUUCAUGCUGCUUAUUGAAAGCACCACUCUUUUUCUAUCAAUACAAGACUUACUGAUGAAUAGAGAUGUGUCAAACUUGUCUGCUGUCUGUGCAAACGAUAGUAUUUUUACAAUUUUAACUAAUUUAAUGUUGGUUCAGCAUUUUGCAAUUUCUCAAUUCUUUUGCUAGUUUUCCCUUCCACUUAGUUCCAAAUGCCCUGAAGUUUGAAAGUAGUCCUCCAGAAGCCAAUUACAUAUUUAAUUGCUUAAAAUAUACUUUUACUUGUCUCUCCCUGAAUAAGCAAGUGCAGAACCUCUCAGUCUGGGCUUCUAAUAGUUCACUAAACAAACAAAUAGUUUGAAAUCAUGCCAUGUAACUUUCCCUGUAUUUGGUCUCCCUCAAUGUGCAAUGUUAUAUUGCUUUCAUUCUCUGCAGCCUGCACAUUUGAAUCUAGAGUUAGGAAACUAAUCUACGGCAUUAGUAAGUUGAAACCUUUGUUUGGAAAAAUCUCUGCUUUUAUUAAGACUACUAAACGUUUUAAAAUAGGUCAGCAUUAAGAAAAUUUACUACUAACUUUGUAGAAUAUGAAAGAACAAUUCUGUGUCUUGAAAUGCAAGACAAAUAUUAAUAUUUUACAAUUCACUGGAUAUUUCAAUAUAUAUGGGUAUUCAUGUGGUUUAGGUAGGUUGUUAGUUUGCAGAAAUGAGCUGAAAGCUUCUUCCUAAAUUCCUGAUUCAAAUAAAAAUUCCACUGUUUUAUUCAAUUAUGCACCUGUAUGAAGAUAUGCAUUUUUAAGAGAAGCAAGAAAACUCAAAGAUUUGUGUUAAUAUUAAAGGGCAGGUGGAACAGGCAGUUUGAGAAUUUUUUGAUGUGCAUUCUAACUAUAAAAAAGAAGCUCCUAUUCUUGUACUUUUGAGAUGUAAACUAAUUUUCUUAAAAUUUUUAUUUCCCUGUCUAUGGUGGCUUUCCUCUUCGGUGGACCAUCUACAGCCAAUGACAGAUGACUCCGCCUCUGGUUCCACACUUUUGUCAAAACCACGCAAAGCAUAAAUACUGAGGUUAAGCAAACCCCCUUUCUAUGGCAACAUCCUAGCUAACUCAGUUAAUCUUCCUAUGAGUCCUGCUGUUCUUAUUAUGCUCCUGCAGCAGUUUCUAGCUAACAUAUUGCCUUUCUAAAGGCGUUUGUGGCGAACUCUCAUUACGCCUCCCCUUGACUCCAAUCUGUUUACAAAAGGAGUUUCCAAUUAACUCUUUGCUCUGCCUUUCUCUGUCAUCUGGUCCACUGUUUAAUAGUGAGACUGCUUAUCUGGCAACCAUCAGUAGAUGAACAGAAAUUUUCUCCAAUUAAAUAUUUGGAAUACCAAAGCCAUUGCUUUCGGUUCCCCAUUCAAACUCUAUUCUCUAUCUACCAAACCAAUCCUUCUCCCGGGAAACGGUGUAAGUUUAAAAGACAUUCUGUUCUCAACCUUGGUGUCACAUUUGACCAAGAGAUAAGUUUCUGAAGACACAUUUAAAACUGCUUAUUUCCACCAUUAAUCUAGGUCAAUGAUCCCUGCCUCAGUUUAUCUGCAACUGAAAACCUCAUUUAUUACCUCUAGACAUGGCUACUCCAACACAUCCUGGCAGAUCUCCUACAUCUACCCUAUGUAAACAUGAAGUCAUCCAAAAAUCUGCGCCCUUGACAACUCAACCAAGUCUCAUUCACCUGUCACCCCUGUUGUUGCUACUUAUAUCGAUCAGAUCCUGCUUAAGCAAUGUUUUGGUGUUAAAAUUGUGAACCUUUUUUUUAAAUCCUCCAGGGUCUCAUUGCUGUUUAUCUGCAGCCUCCUCCAGUUCCACAACUCUUUGAGAUAUCUAUGUUCAUCAGUUUGGGCCUCUUGAGCAUCCCUGAUGUUAAUUGCUCCACAGUUGGAUGCAGUGCUUUCAGCUGCCUAAGCCCUGAGCCUUGGAAUUCCCUCCUUACAUCUUUCCUGCCUCUCUACAUCCCACUCCUCAUUUAAAAUGCUCCUGAAAACCUACCAUUUUGACCAAGCUUUUGAAUAUGUGUUCCCAAUAUUUUAUGUGGCUGAUGUCUUUUUUUGUUUUAUAAAGCUCCUGUGAUGUUACUUGAGAUGUUUUAUGUUUAAGGCACCUUAUAUGUUAUUCUUGUAGGAAAUUUCAACUAAUUCAUCACCUUUUAAAGUUUUCUAGCUCACUCUCACCAUCUUUUCACAUGAGCCACUAGCUAACUUCCAACGUUCCUAUUAAAGCUUCUGCCUAACUGUCAUCACAAUGACAGAAAGCCCAAAGGUCAAUUAAGGAAUGGAACUGGCAGCCCACAAGUUGUGUUUGGCUCUCAUAGCUACUUUAUUUGCUUCCUUUCUGCAAGCAAAUAAGCUGAUUGAUGUGAGGGAGAUCAUAGGAGUAGCAGCAAAGAAUGAUGUGCCACAGCUGUCGUAUGCUGUCAUAGUUUAUGCACAUCAAAUUCCUUCUCUGUAAUUACUGUAGAUUGUGUGAACAGAGAACAUGGACUGCUUAAGAGAUAGAGAGAAACUAAGAGCUGGUCUUCUCCUGUUUUCAUCCAAUUCUCAAUGACUAAUUAUAAUGCGCUAUCAAUAGAAGUCAGUGCACCUACUAAAUUCGUACGUGGGUUGGAUAUAGAGUGCAGGGAAUAAUCCAAUACAAGCUUGCAGGGAAAAGAAAUCUGUGGUCAGAGAAUUACCUCUAAGUUAAAAAUCACACUGUUACCAUGCAUGUAUUUUUCCCAACAAACUAUUUGUCAAGCAACGUCCACUUGCUUCUAUCUCUCUGCUUUUCAUUUGAUGACAUGUACAUUUCUAAUGAAAACUAGCCCUUAUUCUGAAACCUGUCUCUGUUUAAUUGAGUCCAGCAUUCAGCUACCCAAUGGUAUUUAAAAGCAACACCAUAAAAUAAUUCCCAAAAUGUUAUUCUUACAGAAAUGUCAUUCCAAAGUGGAGCAUUUCAAUUUGAAUAUAUCAUUGUGGAAAAGUUUCUGAAAGUCAGUAUACACUUAGGUCCAGUGACAAUAAGCUAGUUAUUAUUUAUAAAUCCCUUUCCCUCAAUGUUGUGUUGUUGACUUUGGAUGCACUGAAGCAUCCUGAUCUAAUGAUACAGAUAAAUCACAUUUGUCUUCUACUCGUUCCAGGUGUUACAUAUCUAGUUCUGGAUUAGAUACAAUUUUGGUAAAUUGAAAAAUGGCUCGAUAUUUUUUCAACAAGUUUCCACCUGGCCUAAAGACUUUGGAAGUAGCUGUUUUGUAUUUGUUUAUUUAAUGAUUUUUUUUUCCAAUGAUUAAUUUGUCAACAGUUGAAAUAAUGUAAGAGUAUUGCUGUGAGAUUUGUAUUGGGGUGAAGGAUCUGUGAUGUUUGCUUUUCAGUGUGAUGAAAAUAAUUUGAAUCUGUGCAAAGAAAAUCUGUGGGAGAGCAGAUUCCAGUUUCAAGGAAUUUACAAUCCAGUCAUUUAGGACCCUCUUUUAUAAGUAUGGAAUUUUAAUGUGUUGAAUCAUAGUUAGUAGAUUAACUGUUUCUAUCCCAGGGUAAAAUUCAAAAGGCUUGACCAUUGUCUAUACAAAUUCGGAAAGCUUUGCAACAUUGAACUGUUAUAAUAAAUAGAGUACUGGUACUACUGGCUAAGAUUUGCUGGGCAAAUACAGGGUUUUUAAAUUAUUUAUUUCAUAUUUUUGCACACAUUUGUCUUUUGAGAAAUACUGGGCAAGCGUUGAAAAGGUUAGCUGGCUGAUGAUCAAUCGGUUGAAUCUCAUUGUGAGUCUCUUUCCUUAAUCAACCAGUCCUGGAAUAGAUCUUUGAAGCUAGAAUUUCUAGAUCAGAGAUAGGGGCACCAACAACUGAGCCACAAUACCAAAAGCAGCCUCGUAUAAAUGAUGCACCUAGUGACAAUAAAUUACUAUAACUAUUAAUUACUAUUACCUGCCCUAGCAUUGUUUUAAAAGCUGUCUUAACAUUGGACCUACUUUGAGAUUGUUAAUUGUAAAGUUCCAGGAGUUUCACUUUUAAUUGUUCAGCAGUACAGAACUUUACUGUUGAAAAAGUACACAUUUUGCCAAAGCUUUUUGUUUUGCACUUAUCAGGAUAACUGACAAGAGUACAAAUUAGAGGAAAAACCCAAUUUAUAUUGCAUAAGAGGAGAGUGCUGAUUGGUUGCCAAGUGGGUUCUGAUUAGUUGAGCCUUUGGCAUUAAAAAUGCACCAAUCAAUGAUGAUUUACAAUUAACGUCAACAUAGUUUAAAUGUUAAACCAGGCGAUUGAGUUGGAUUGGUUAAGGAUUGACCUGAGAAAUGAAUCUAUAAAUGACUCACCUAGAUGGUUUGCUAAAACAGUUUGAAGCUUUUGUUCUAAAUCUCAUUUGCAAGAACUUUGGUGCCCUGAAGCCCAAUUCAGAAUCCAUUUAUUCCAUAAAAUAAGAUGGUUAGGGUUAGAUUACAAAGUGUAUGUUCAAAGCUCCUUAGUGCCUCCAUUGGGAAAGCUUCAUUUUUUAAAAAAUAACUGGGGAAAUUGAGUAUUUUCUCUGGUUCUCAGCGCAAGAGCAGCAAAUUUGGAAAACUGGCUACAUCCACAUGUAGCUGCUUCAAAGUCAGGAUAACUUGAAUGCCUGUCCUGAUCUCAGAUCCAUUAGGACUUCUUGAUGCUUCCAGUAGCAGACUAACAGAGGAAAGUGAGACUGUUAAUGUAAUCACAUAUUUAUAUGUCAGAAAGACACUUAGCCAGCAGAUGAACAUAGAGGGUACAUCUCUUUAAGUAUUCACAAGUUGUUUCCUUUUUAUAAUAAAAGAAAUAAUUACUAUUUAUAUUUGUAGACAUAUUGAUUUUUUAAGUUUAUGAAUAUCGUUUUGACUGAGAUAUGUAUGUUUUUAUAAACUAAAUUAAAUGUUCUUAUGGAAUGGUA